AACGCUGUUCUCCUCCUGGAAAGCCAAACAUUUUUGAAGUUGGCCGAGACUAUGUGACCAUUCAAUGGAGUCCCUCUACUUAUGAAACUACCUCUAAACCUACUGCCUAUAUCAUUGAGAGGAAAGAACUUAGAGGAAUGUACUGGAUUAAAGUGGAUGUUGUGGGCCCAGAAACUAGUACCUAUACAAUAGAAAACCUGAUUGAAGGGAAUGAAUAUGAGUUCAGGGUGUAUGCUGAGAACAUAGAAGGCCUCAGUGAUGCAUCUCCAAUGUCAGAGUAUGUUAUGUGUAAAGACAAUAUAGUACUUGAAGCUCCUCGGUUUACUGAGAGACUUGACAGUGUGCACGUAAAGCAGGGUUCCAAGGCUAGUUUUACAUGCCAAAUAGAUGGCGUUCCAGAGCCACGCGUGGUAUGGUACCAUGGUUUCCGAGAAGUUUAUGACGGUCGCAAAACUCAAAUUGAUAAAGAUGGAAGUCAGCACCACCUAGUGGUGAAAGAUGUGACUAAGCAGGAUAUGGGAGAUAUUGAAUGCCGGGCCAGCAACAAGGCAGGACAUGCUACAUGUACAGCACAAUUAAUUGUUAAUGUUCCCCCAAGGAUCAACCUACACCCAAGGUUCCACAAGACAUUGACAUUCAGUCGUGGUGACACAAUGAAGCUAAAAGUCCCUAUAGAGGCCUACCCUAGACCUAGAGUGACCUGGUGCAGGGACCAGGAGGUUGUUGAGUCUGGGGAUAGGGUCACCAUACAGCUAAGGGAGUGGUAUACAGCACUUAUAGUGGCUGAUGUGGAGAAGGGAGAUGCAGGAAGGUACACUCUGUCUGUAGAGAAUGAUCUAGGUGUGGACCAAACCAGUAUCUCUGUUUUUGUAAUAGAUCACCCCGAUCCACCACAAGACAAACCAGAAAUAAUUGAGGUUCACCAUGAUUCUGUGACUCUUAAAUGGCAGGAACCCAUCCAAGAUGGAGGCUCGGUUAUAAUCAAUUAUGUCGUAGAAAAACGUGAAAUUGGUACAUCUGAUUGGCUGUUUGUGUCUGCGACUCGAUAUACUAAAUACACCAUACGGAGGUUAUUGGAGAAUGUAGAGUAUGAGUUCAGAGUGAGGGCGGAGAACUUGUAUGGUCUGGGGGAACCUAGUCAGCCUUCAGACAGUGUACUCACUCAGGAGCCCAAGCUAGAUCACAGAUAUGACUCCAUGGUGAUUCGGGAUCACAAUAUCUACAGAACAGUUGACAUUGACUUCCUUCGGCAAGAUCCUUUGGUGAAAUACAUCAUCCAUGAACAGUUAGGAAGUGGUGCAUUUGGCACAGUACACAGAGCAGUAGAAAAGUUAACAAACAGAACCUGGGCAGCUAA